AUGGAAUUUGGAUCGUCCAGGCAGUCCAAUGGUAAAAGACUCAACCACAAUACAAAUGGCAAUUCAGAACAACCAAUGGGCCAAAAUAAUUAUAAAAAUGAUGAAUAUAACUACAAUUUUAAUAACAAUUUAAAUACCAUCAAUAAUACCAUCAACAACACCAUCAAUAACACCAUCAAUAAUAACAUCAAUAAUAACAUAAAUAAUAACAUCAAUAAUAACAUCAAUAACAACAUCAAUAACAACAUUGGAAGUAAUAUCAACAAUGGCAAUCAACAGAAUAAUGGCAAUCAACAGAAUAAUGCUCAGACGAGUAAUGUUUUUCACACUGGUGGUGUCAACAAGGGUGUUGUUGAUGGGCCAAUGAUGGCACAACUCAGAGCCAAUAGCACCAUUGAUCCCAACAAAAUCAAGCGUGGACACAACACAAUGAUUCCAAGAUACGGUGUCAACACUGCAGAUUUCGAACUUCGUGGAAAUAUAAUCUUCAGAGACAUAUGA